CGCAAUAAAACGUGCGAGAGAAUAAGAACGCACUUCCAAUCAAUCAACCGACGGAUUCACCUUCCUCCUCAUCUCCCUCUCUCUCUGUAUAUUCUUCGCAUCUUAAGCUGAAGCUAAAGGAGAGUUCUUUAGAUUCUUCUGAGUUUCUGUAAUUUAGAUCUCAUUGAGAUAGAGAGAGAGAGAGAGAGAGAGAAUCCAAUUCUACAAGGUUUUGGGCUUGUGAAUGCACUUGUUGAGCUGAUCUCAGUGGUCCAUUGAGGUUUAGCUCUCAGGCUAGAAUCGUCAGCUUUGGGGGGGAAAGGCUGAUGAAGAACGGGAUGGCUGAGUGCAGCGUGUGUCGUUCAAGGAGUAUCAAAGCUAUAGCGAGGGCUUAUGACAACCGCAAGAUUAGAGUUUCCUCUAAACAACGAGCUCUCAAUGUCUUUUUGGUGGUCGGUGACUGCAUGCUUGUUGGUCUACAGCCAGUGUUAGUGUACAUGUCUAAAGUGGAUGGAAAGUUCAACUUCAGUCCUAUUAGCGUCAACUUUUUGACGGAGAUCGCAAAGGUUAUGUUUGCAGUUGUCAUGCUUCUGAUCCAGGCCAGGCACCAAAAAGUUGGAGAGAAGCCUUUACUAUCUUUUUCCACAUUUGUCCAGGCGGCUAGGAACAAUGUGCUUCUCGCUGUUCCAGCAGGGUUGUAUGCCAUUAAUAACUAUCUUAAGUUCACAAUGCAGCUAUAUUUCAAUCCUGCUACUGUGAAGAUGCUCAGCAAUCUAAAGGUUCUGGUAAUUGCUGUACUACUGAAGAUGAUAAUGAAGCGACGGUUCUCCAUCAUACAGUGGGAAGCACUUGCUCUGUUGCUGAUAGGGAUUAGUGUAAAUCAGCUGCGUUCUCUUCCUGAAGGUGCUACUACUAUGGCUGUCCCAGUUGCUAUGGGUGCAUACAUCUGUACCUUUAUCUUUGUUACUGUCCCAUCCUUUGCAUCUGUCUACAACGAGUAUGCUCUGAAGAGCCAGUAUGACACCAGCAUUUAUCUCCAGAACUUGUUCCUCUAUGGUUAUGGUGCAAUAUUCAACUUCCUUGGAAUACUAGCAACUGUUAUAUAUAAAGGUCCUGGCAGUUUUGACAUCCUACAAGGACAUUCCAGGGCUACCAUGUUUCUGAUACUGAACAACGCAGCACAAGGGAUUCUAUCCUCCUUUUUCUUCAAAUAUGCAGAUACAAUAUUGAAGAAAUAUUCAUCAACGGUUGCCACAAUAUUUACUGGCAUAGCAUCUGCAGCACUUUUUGGACAUGUGUUAACAAUGAAUUUUCUUCUGGGAAUUUCUAUAGUUUUCAUUUCAAUGCAUCAGUUCUUUUCACCCCUUGCAAAAGUGAAAGACGAGCAACAAAACGGGAACCUAGAAAUAGUUAAUGCAAAGGAUGGUCAUAGGGCUAAAGACUCAUUCAUCAACAUGGCAGCAGGAGCAAAUGAAGAGACUACUCACCGUGUUGAAUCAGAUGACAGAGAGCCGCUUCUUCCAAGAUAAACAAAACUCUCUCACCGUAAGAGUAAAAAAACACAUCCUCUCCAACCAGUGCCGGUCUUGAGUUUUGGAAGACCAGAAGCUAAAGAAAAAAAAAAGGGCUGCUUUUCGCAUGUUCAAUUAAAAAAGCUUGAACAUAUCAAAAAAAAAAAAAAUCAGUGUCAAUAAAAAUUUCAUUUUCAGUCCACUAGCUUCUUCACUAUAAUUAAUCUGUUUCUCUACGAAUUUAUCAGGUGUAGAAAAGGUUUAAAUUUUUUACAUACUUUAACAUGGAACCAACCAUUGAAUUUGUUAGUGCUCCUUUCCUCUUA